AUGGCUUCUGAGCACCAAGAACAGCAACAGCACCAAAUCAAUAACCAAGAUGGUGGGUUAACCAAUGAAGCUUCUAAUUCAGUCAUUGUGGUCAUGGUUCCCUUCCCAGCACAGAGCCAUCUCAACCAGCUUCUCCAAUUUUCAUGUCUUAUUUCCUCCUACAAUAAUAUCCCAGUUCAUUUUGCUUGCUUUGCCAACCACAAUUCCCAGGUAAGGAACCGUGCAAAAGAUCAUCUAGACCCUCUGUUUUUCUCCAGAAUCCAAUUCCAUGACUUCCCAAAUCCACCUCCCCCAAAUUCUGAUUCUCCAUCGGACACACCUGUUUUUCUCAAGCCAUCUUUACAAGCCUCUGUUGAUCUUCACCAACCAGUUUCUGCUCUCCUUCACCUGCUUUCUUCCAAAUCAAAGAGACUUGUGAUCAUCCAUGACGCUCUAGUUUGCAGUGCCGUUGAAGAUGCUACUUCUUUACCCAACGCUGAAGCCUAUGCUUACCAAGGCGGUGGUGCUUUCACUCUCUUCUCUUAUUCUUGGGAGUUCAGGGGAAGACCUCCUCUGGAUGUACCUGAAGCAGAGUAUAUCCCAGAUCAGCUCCCAACUGUUGAAGCAAGUGUUGAUUCUGAGUCCACAGAGUUCUUCAAGUACCAAUACCGGUUGAUGGGCUCCAGAGAUGGAUAUCUCUAUAACACAUGCAGAUUGAUAGAUGGUAAUUUCCUUGAUCUUAUUGCCAAAGAAGCUAACAACAAGAAGGUAUGGGGAAUUGGGCCUUUACAUUUGGUAAAAUCAAUAUCCAACAGCACAGAUUCAAAUAGUAGCGAUAAAGGCAAAGACAUUUUGGAGUGGCUUGACAAGCAAGAGAAAAACUCUGUUUUGUACAUCUCAUUUGGAACCACAAUCUCCAUGGCUGAUCAAAAGCAGAUUGAGGAACUUGCUUUCGGUUUGGAACAAAGUGGGACGAAGUUCAUUUGGGUGUUCAGGGAAGCAGAUAAAGAUGAUGCUUAUGUACAAGGUACAGGAGCUGAUCUUCCACAAGGUUUCGAAGACAGAGUGAAAGGAGUUGGAAUGGUGGUGAGAGAUUUUGCUCCACAAAUUGAGAUUCAGAAACAUUCUUCAACAGGGGGGUUCAUGAGCCACUGUGGGUGGAACUCUGUAAUGGAGAGCUUAAGCAUGGGAGUGCCAAUAGCUGCAUGGCCAACGCAUACAGAUCAGCCAAGAAACGCCGUGCUGGUUACUGAAUUGCUUAAGGUUGGUGUCAAUGUUAGAGAAUGGGAACGUAAAGAUGAAUUGGUCAGCUCUUCCAUGGUUUGCAAUGUUGUCAAGAAGCUAAUGGGUUCUGAUGAAGGUGAUGAGAUGAGGAAAAGGGCUGAGAAAUUGGGAGCUGCAAUUCGAAAUUCUACGGCUAAAGGAGGAGUUUCUUGCAUGGAGUGGGAUUCUUUCAUAGCUCAUAUUACUAGAUAG